AUGGGGGUGCAGGGCCUGACCUCGCUGCUGGACCCUGACCGGAGGAUCUACCGGGAGCUGCGGCUCGGGGGGGGGCGGCUGGUGGUCGACGGCUGUAACCUGCUGUUCCCGCUCUACCUGCAGUCAGGUCUGGACCAGAACCACGGGGGGGAUUAUGCUGCCUUUGAGGAAGAGAUUGAGAAGUUUGUCACAGCCCUGAGACGCUGUGAGGUCGAGCCGUACGUGGUGAUCGACGGAGGCGCAGACAUCACCGACAACAAGCUGGGAACCCUGAAGCAAAGGGCCGAGAACAAUAUCAGGAAGUGCCACCAGGCGGCGGUGGAGGGCACGGAGAGUGCAGUCCUGCCGCUGUGCAGCCGGAUUGUUCUGGUGCAGACGCUGGACCGGCUCCGGGUCCCGCUGGCCCAGUGCUACGGAGAAGCCGACCCGCAGAUCGCCGCCCUGGCCUGCAGGUGGCAGUGCCCGGUGCUUUCUGACGACAGCGACUUCUUCAUCUUCAACCUCCCGGCAGGACUGCUGCCGCUCCGUCACUUCCGGUGGAGGUCCCUGGAGCAGAGCGGCAGGCGCUGGUCCGUCCCCUGCAGGAGCUACCACAGCUCCCAGCUCUGCACCUCCUUCAACAUCCGGCCACAGCUCCUCCCCACCUUCGCCGCCUUGGCCCCGAACACCUACGUGAAGCGGGGGGUGAGGGAGUUGCCCAUCAGAUGGGAUCAGUUUGAUCCAACAGGUGGUGAGAGACCACAUCGCCUCAGAGGUCUGCUCUCCUGGCUGAGCGGCUUCCGGACGCCUGAGGCGGCGCUGGAGGCCGCGCUGAGGCUGAUGGGAAACCUGAGCAUCCAGAGGAGGGAAGAGGUGCUGUACAACCUGACUCUGGAGAUGAAGAUGUACCAGCUGCCUCCCAGCUCCCUGGAGAGCUUCUUCAUCCAUGGGACCACACCACUGAUUCCAGCAGUGGGAGAAGAAACAAUGUCCUGUCCUGUCCUCCCUGAGGUGGGGGUGCGUGUCCCGGACUGGAUGCGUUGUCCUCUGAUGCAGGCCCGUCUGUCUGGAGUCAUCCUGGACGUCCUGCAGCUGCACAGGAGGCGCCUCGCCAUGCCUGUUGACCACGGAGACAAGCCCAGCGCCGCCCGGACCUCCAGGCCGAUCCGCCAGCUGGUGUACGGGCUGCUGCUGGGCGGAGACACUCGCCUCCUGGUGGACGAGUGGGACAGAGACGGCGUCGAGCUGGUUCACGUCCCGGUCCCACCGGAGGUCACAUCAGUCACUCGGCGGCUCGACCUCCGCUCGCUGAACAAGGUGGCGCUGUCCGAGCGCCUGCAGGUGAUGCUUCAGGCCUUGAAGGUGACGGAGGCGUCUCUGAGCGGCCUGCCGCCUCAGCUGCGCCUCCCGGUGGCCGUGACCUGCUAUUGGCUGCAGAAGGCGGAGCCGGCUCCGGACCGGGCGCUGCUGGAGUCGCUGCUGCUGUGGCUGAGUGACGGAGACGCCCUGAGACACGCAGCAGGUGGACCGAAGCUGGACUUGGACGUGGUUCACGCCCUCAACCAGUGGCAGAUGUGCCUGAAGGACAGCGUCCAGCUGAACCAUCUGCUGAGCUGCCCCCUGCCCGACCCGCACAUCGCACGGUUGUAUGAGGGGACGCUGGUCCACCGGCUGGUCCACAGGAUGAGGACGAGUGGAGGCCUGAGGGACUUUCUGAACAGAGAUCUGUACCAGUCCAUGCUGUCUGUCGUCCAGCGCUCUCAGGAAGCGUGGAGGAAGACCAAGGAGACAAGAACAGCUCUGUGGAGACAGCCUCCGGACAACCUGCAGCAGCUGUCCGUCCAGGACGAAGACCGGCAGGCUGAGAGGAGGAGCUACAUCAGACCGCAGGACUAUCCGUCUCUGGACUUUCUGUCUCCGGACGAUCUGUCUCCGGACGAUCGGUCUCUGGACAAUCUGUAUCUAGACUAUGUGUUGAUGGUGAAAACUCGAUACAAAACCAAAGAGAGAAACAACCGGUGCAAAAACCUAGAACUGACCCGUAAGGAGGAGUCGAGGGGGCGGGGCCUCCUCAAACGAGUCACCGUCAAACACCAGAGAUGAGAAAAAAAAGGUUUUGUAUAAAGCUUCAGAAAAUCAGGAGAGGCAGAGAUCAGUGGCUAAAAACAAUCUAUAAUCUAUUAUAUCCAUCCAGACCAGGGGUGUCCAAACUACAGCCCGCCAUCCGUUGUUAAUUGGCCUGCAUCGAAACAAAUAAAUUCAAAAUAAAUAAAACAAAUACUAAAAAAUUUUUAAACUAACUAUUUAGUAGCACUUAAAUGGAACUUACUGAUUGCACUUUGUAGUUUUGCUUUAUCUUUGAAGAAAUGGUUCUUUCUUGAUUCUUGUUGUUCUGGUUCGUUCCCUCGGGGGCUGAUGCACUUCCUGUGAGUCGCUUUGGAUAAAAGCCUCAGCUCAAUGAAAUGUAAUGUUAUGCACUAUGGCCACUGUAUUGCACUUCUCAGUUUAGACACUAGGUGGCGCCCAACUCGCCCCUGACCGGCCAGCUGUCACUCAGAAAGCCGCCACGCCCCCCCCAUUGCCAGCCACCAGGGGGCGGUUGAGAUGAUUUGGCUUCAGUUUUGAGAGCCGUCAUGUCGUCAUCAAAAAACUAACUUUUCUAACUUUUUAAUGUUGAUAAAAACCAGUGGUGGUAAAGAAGUACAAAUACUUUGUUACUGUACUUAAGUCGAUUUUUCACAUAUCUGUACAUAUGAGUAUUUAUUUUCCUGACGACUUUUUACUUUUACUCGCUACAUUUGAAGAGAAAUUUCUGCACUUUCUACCUCUUAUAUUCUCAGAACUGUCUCGUUACUUGAUCCUCAGCUGAAGCUUCGGUACCAACACGUCUCAGACGCUCGUUUUUCACACGUUUCUGUUCUGAAACAUGAGCAGGUUUUAUUCUAUUUUCACUGUUUGAAUAAAGAGUUUUAACUGAA